CCCCCUUCCCGAACUGGCAGAGGGCCCGCCUGCCCGAGGAGCCCGGCAUCCAACCGGCUGGGGACGUGGUGCUGCCUGUCUGCUGGCCAGGGUAUCGCCCCUCGCAGGAAGGCCAGCGCCGGGGGCGGGAGAGGAGAUGAAAGGCAGCCUGGUCUGAUUGCAGGCAAGCAGAGGCACCGGCGGGCGGUGCUCCGCGUGCCGGAACUUCCUUGGAAGCCGCCAGCUCCCGGAUCGGCGGUGGUCGGGCCGGGCAGGGCAGGGUUAAGCGAGCGAGGGUGGGCAGGAGCGGGUGUGCCCGGCCGGGAGCAGGAGCUGUGAGCUCUCCGCUCUUCUAGCUACCGCAGGAUCGAGCUGUGAAAAGGCACGUCGUAAAAAAGAAACCAUCCCUGGUUAGUGCUUUGGUUGUUGUUCAGGUGUUAUAGUUAGCACACUGGACAAGACAUCUGAUAACUGAAUAACUAUGUUCAUGAGCAAGGCAUUCAGUCUGUUGAAACCGAUUCCACUGAUGUCUGGCCAGUCAAAUUUGGCUUACAAAUUUAUUCAUCAACUUGUUGCUUUUCAUGGACGUCGCUGUCACAGAAGUGUGAUUUACAAACAGAGGUACAGGACAUGCCCAUAUAGUGCUGGAAGACGAACAAUAAGUGCUGAGACUAAGGUCAUGGCAAAAGAAGAGUUGCCAGGCGUUUUGAUUCUGGAUAUAGGAGGAACUCAAGGUGUGCUAGAAAACCUUGCAGCACUUUUGAAGAAACACUUUCACCUUAUCACCAUGAAGGAAUUUCUUGAAAACAAAGAAGAAAUGAGCAAAAAAAUCCAAUCUGUUUUCGUGUUUGAGUGCAGGCCAACUAUUGACCGGGAGCUUCUAGAAAGCCUGCCUAAUUUAAAGGUAAUUGGAAAUUCUGGAGUUGGAGUUGAUCACUUAGACUUGAAAAUGAUCUCUAGCUUUGGAGUAAAAGUGACCAACACCCCCCACGCCGUGGCGGACCCAACAGCAGACAUAGGAAUGGCCUUGAUGCUGGCCUCUGCCAGAAGACUAGUAGAAGGCUGCCAGAUUGCGGUUUCUCCAGACACGAAGCAUUUUGCUGUUGACUGGCUGGGAGUGGAAGUAACCAGAGCGACGCUUGGGAUCAUCGGGAUGGGCAGCAUUGGGUACAAAGUGGCUCAGAGAGCCAGAGCCUUCAACAUGAGGAUCCUCUACCAUAACAGAAACCGGAGAAGAAAGGAAGAGGAAGAGGCUGUUGGUGCCCACUACUGUGAGAAAAUGGAAGACUUGCUGCAACAAUCUGACUUUGUUAUGUUGAUUGUGAACCUGACUCCUGAGACUCACAGACUGAUUGGGAAAAAGGAGCUGGGUCUGAUGAAACCCACAGCUACUCUUAUAAACAUCAGCCGAGGUGCAGUUAUUGAUCAAGAUGCGUUGGUAGAAGCUCUCCAGAGUAAGGUUAUUAGGGCUGCAGCUCUGGAUGUGACAUACCCUGAGCCUCUGCCAAGAGAUCACCCUCUAUUAAAAUUAAAUAACAUCAUCAUAACCCCUCACAUUGGAACUGCAACAGUCCAAGCUAUCCAUAUGAUGGCAGAAGAAGCAAUAGCAAAUAUACUGGCUGUUCUCAAUGGCCAACCCAUUCCAAGUGAAGUGUUUCCCAAAUGAUGUGUACCAGAUGAUAUCACUAAAUCUCCUGUGUAUAGGAAGGCACUAUUUCUUACAGUACCACUUUUAAACUAAAAAAAAAAAGCAACCUGUUCCUGCACUGCUUGUCAUGAUACUGCAAAACUGUCAUCUCACUAGACUUGAUCUGUACUGUUAUUUCCAAUUCUGAAAAAUAAAAUAGAACCAAUAAAAGAGAUUUGUUUGAAGAUUUUAA